AUCAUCCAUCCCGAGAACCGUACCGUCCCUAUCCAUCCCCAAUCCACACUGCGAGAGUGCGAGGUAGAUCAGACCAAGCAGCAGCUGAUGGCGGUGGUGAGCGGCGGUAACGGUGGCGGGAGGCUGAACCCCUGGGCGGAGCCGUUCGUGCCGUCCGGGGUCCGGUACCGCGGCCUGCAGACGGCGGAGGCGGAGGCGGAGGCGGAGCAGGAGGUGGAGGACUUCUCCCCCGAGUGGUGGCGCCUAGUCGCCGCCUCCCCGGCCUUCCGCGACUGCUGGCUCCGCGACUACGGCGCCCUCGGCCUCCUCGACGUCGCCGACGAUCUGGACGACGACACGGAAGUUGACAGCUUCCUCCCCGACGACCUCUUCUCCCCUCCGCCGCUGCACCGUGAUGGCGAGCGGGAGGAAGGCGCAGCCGGCAAGAGAGGUGUCAGCCUUGAGGUGGCGGCGUGGGGGAUCGACAAGUGGUGGCGGGCGCACGGCUCGCCGCCGGAGGCCCCACGGUACGCGGAGAAGGCGCCGAGGAAGGUUGCCGGCGGCGCCAGAGUGAGCCCCCGCCCCAUCCAGCAGCCACGCUGAAGGACCAACCUCGCACAUACAUCGAUCCAUCCAUCCGGCACUGCCAGAUCUUGGCACAAGAAAAAUAGGCCCAAAAAUGGCGUUGCUUCAUUUCCCUUUUGCUUUUCUGUUUAGUCUUGCGUCGUUUUUGAUUCAGCUCGAGAUCGAAUAGAAGAUUCACUGCGCUCUAGAUCCCUGUAAAAAUGAUGUAAUAACAUGUAGUGAGACUUUUGCUCUGAAGCUGGAAAUGUCACUUCUUCUCUGAA